AUGCACCAUUCCACUCGUUCACAUUUAAAUUUACAAACGCAAAAAAUUUCCGAUUUAUUAUAUUAUUCUCCACCUCGAACACAUAAUCUUACUGACUUGUCUUGUAGUCAAACAAGAAUUCCUUCAUCGUUAUCACCAAAUUCAUUAAUAAAAAUGACAACAUCAGCAAUAUUAUCAGAAGUAGCUGAACAGAGUAAAAAUUGUGAUCAUAUAGGUCAAACAGAAAAUAAGUUAAAUUUACAAUCAUUAAGAGAUCAAGAAAGAAUAGCUUUACAAUCUAUUCAUAAAAUAACUGAUGAUGAAAUGAUUCAAGUUGAUCAAUGGUUGUCUGUUUUACAUAAAACGUUUGAAGAUUUGGAAUAUCCAUCAGUACAUCGUGUUAUUCAAGCAACUACAUAUUUUAAUAAUGAAUUACAAGUAUGGUAUGAAGAGACAAAGACUAAAAUUAACAAUGAUUGGACAUGUUUUUGUGAUCGUUUGCUUCAAUAUAUUCAUGAUCGUCAAAAGAAUCAAAUUAAUUUUUCAUCCACGACCCCUUCGUUACAAAAUAACAAUGAACCAAUAUCAUUAGAACAUCUUAUUGAUUCACAAUUUGAUAAAUAUUCCGGUACAGGAGAUGCAAGAGUUUGGCUAUUGCAAACGAUGAAUCAAUUUAAACAAUGUAGAUUACGUCGUCUUGAACAACUUCAAGCCAUACCAUUUCUAUUAGUAGAUAUAGCUUAUUUAUGGUAUGUUGAUAACGUUGAUUUAAUUAUCAGUUUUGAAUCAUUUAGUAAAUUAUUUCUUCAACAAUUUGCUCCUGUUUCAUCAAAGCAUCAAGAUAUUUCUUCUAUUGAAAAGGAUAAACCAUCAUUUCUUGUUUCUAGUUCUUUAGCUACAUUACAUUUACAACAAACGAUAGCGGAUGAAAUUAUUAAAAAGCCAACAUACUUUCGUGGUUCGAAAGAUGAUGUUAUUGAUUGGUUAGAUAAUUUAGAACAACGUUUUAAAAUGGCUCAAUGGAAUGAUGAACAAAAAUUACAAUAUAUUACGGUACAUUUACAAGAUGAUGCUCAUCGAUGGUGGGCACGAGUAUCAGGAACGAUUACAACAUGGUCAUCAUUUAUUGAAGCAGUUACAAAGGCCUUUGGUUCAACAAAAGCACAACAGUUAGCUUUUGAACAGUUGAAAUGUUAUAAACAAACGGUGAAUCAAUCUGUUAUACAAUAUUACGAUAAAAUUAUGGAAUUAUGUAAAAAAGUUGAUCUAGCUAUGCCUGAUUCAUUAAAAUUAAAAUAUUUAAUGACUGGUAUAAGGGAUUCAUUAAAACUGCAUGUAGCUUUACAAGAUCCAAAAACUACGGAAAUAUUUUUAUCGAUGGCUCGAAAAUUAGAAGAUACCUUAUCACUUACUAGUUCAAAUGGCGAAUUGCAUUCGGAUCACAUAAAUGUAAAUGCUGUAAAAUUUUCAGAACCAUUAGUACGGCCAUCUAUUCCACAACAAUCAUUUAAACAAAAUCGACCCAAUACAUCUCCAUAUUCACCGUCACAACAAUUUCGUCCAAAUCAUGGACAUAUUACACAAGCUAGGAAUCAACCAAUUCGAAAUUAUGCUCUUUCACGAUACCCAUCGUAUACACAACAAUCAAAUCGUUGUUAUAACUGUGGUACACCCGGUCAUUAUGCACGGGAUUGUACCCGCCCCCAUUUCGGAGAAGGGAAGCAAUGA